UUCGCAACACAACGGUAGAGUCCCACAACAUAGCAUGGCGCACGGCAGCUUGUUGCUUGCCUUUGCAUUCCAAGAGGCCCGGCCUUGGGGUCCCGACUUGUUCUCUUGGUGUCUCUGGGUGUCCACAAGUCUCAGUUAGUCAAAGCAAGAAUUUGCCCACUUCUGGCAAGGCGAAAAAUGUUGAAGCCAGCUGUGGGCGUGGAGGAUACUCCACGUCCGAAUGGCGGCGGGCUGGUAUUUCUUGUGGUUCUCGAAUAUCAAUCGUCCUUAACACGGCCAGUCGAACUCGGACGAUUGCAGUAUUGUGUUCGACACCAAGGACCUCGACGAAGAAGGAAGACAAGGGAAAAGCGACAGCCAAGAUGCCAUCAAGAACGUCACCAACCGGCUUCAAGCCGCUCGAGGACACGUUGUUGUUCAAGCCACUCAAACUCGGCGCGAUCAGUCUCGAGCACCGAGUCAUGAUGGCACCACUGACUCGGAUGAGAGGUUCAAAGGAAUCAGAUGGUAUCUGGGUUCCGAACGACUUGAUGGUGGAAUACUACUCCCAGCGCGCAAGCAAGGGUGGUUUCCAGCUGACGGAGGCAUGCCCGAUCAGUCGGAUCUCAUGUGGUUACCCUGGUGUACCAGGCAUCUUCACGAAGAGCCAAAUUGCCGGCUGGAAGAAGGUCACCGAUGCCAUCCAUGCAAAAGGCGGCUUCAUUUACUGCCAACUGUGGCACGUUGGCCGUGCUACCGUUCCAUCAUUGCUUGACGGAAAAGAUGCUCUCAGUGCCAGUAACAUCCCAAUCUCCGGCAAGGCUUUGGAUGGCUCCGACUAUUCAUCGACACCUCCAAAGCCCAUGUCGGUCGAGGAAAUCCAAGAGACCGUCCAGGAAUUCGGAGCUGCCGCCAAACGUGCCUUGGAAGCCGGGUUCGAUGGUGUAGAAAUUCACGGUGCCAAUGGUUACCUCUUGGACCAGUUCUUGCACGACAAUGUUAACGUCCGCACCGACGCUUACGGUGGGUCAGUUGACAAGCGAUGCCGUUUCCCGCUCGAAGUUAUCAAGUCCGUGACAGAUGCAAUUGGGGCAGAUAAGGUCGGAAUGCGACUGUCACCCUUCAAUUAUUUCCAAGACACCAAGGACUCUAAUCCUACCGCGCACUGGUCAUACUUGUGCGAACAGAUCGCCGAGCUUCCUGAAGCAAACCGUUUGACAUACGUCCACAUGGUUGAACCUAGAUUCGAUGAGAUCCUCGACGAGUCUGCUAAGCUGCUGUCUCUUCAGCAACCCACUACCGAAACAUCGGUUGCUUCCAGGGCGAAGGAGAGCAAGCCGUCUUUGGUGGGUUUCCGAAACAUCCUGCAGAAGGGUGGUGUUCAAUUCGUGGCAGCUGGAAACUUCAACGCUGAGAAUGCUGCACCCAAAGUCGAGUCUGGCGAGGCUGAUGCGAUCAUCUUUGGCCGAUGGUUCAUUGCAAACCCAGAUCUGCCCAGGAGACUUGCUGAAGGUCUACCAUUGAAUCCAUAUGACCGCACCACCUUCUACGGAGCCGACCCGCCCGAGAAGGGAUAUACCGACUAUCCAUUCUACAAAGAUGCAGAAGCUGCAGCAUGAACUUGAUCAACUUGGCGGAGUGGGAACGAUUGAGGCUUUGCAUUUGCAUAUGGGAUUCCCUGAGUCAAGGCGUGGUUCAAGCAUAGAAGAUAUCCAUAGGCAUGGCAGUUCUAGAUGGCAUUUGCAUAGAUGUUGGGCAUCUCAUCAAG